GGCAAGGCCCACUUGUUUGGUUAAGCCAAAGAUCUAGCUGCACCUGUGUGCAGUCUCCUGGACAAGGCAAGUGUUGUGAGACUUCGGAAGAACUCGUUGUUAUAGAAAUAUAGCUGUAGACUGUGCCUCAGCUCUGACAGCUGCUGAGAAGCCAGCAAGCACAAGAGGAGAAAAGCAGGAAGGAGGUGGUCCUGUUGUAGAAGAUGAGCAGCACCAGUACGAGAUCCAACUGCCUGACUCAGCCAGUAGUUAAGAGUGUACUGGUGUAUCGAAAUGGAGACCCCUUCUUUGCUGGACGCAGAGUGGUCAUCCAUGAGAAGAAGGUGUCCAGUUUUGACGUCUUUCUGAAAGAAGUGACAGGUGGGGUACAGGCACCCUUUGGAGCUGUCCGAAACAUCUAUACCCCUCGGGCAGGCCACCGAAUCCGGAAGCUAGACCAGAUUCAGAGUGGGGGGAACUACGUGGCAGGGGGCCUGGAAGCCUUCAAGAAACUCAACUACUUGGAUAUAGGAGAACCAAAGAAGAGGUCAAUGGAAGUUAAUUCAGAGGUAAUACUAUCAUAUUCAAAAAAUUUUAAGUCUUAA